CGCGGCAUGAAUUUGUUUUUGUGCGAUUUAAUCAUCGCGAUAACGGGACCGGUCGUCAGUAGCGGACGCCCGCCCCGCCGCCCGGUCGUGUGUCGUUUACACCGCGAAAAUGCUCAAACUAUCCAGCGUGGUACGCGUCCUCGGCGCUCAGAGCCGCCAGCUGAGUCACGCCGCGGUCGUAGGGACGGAGCCGAACAAAAACGACCCCUACUUCGUCGAGAAUAAGGCGCGGAUGGACGAGCUCGUUGAAGAGCUGCGGCAGAAGACGAGAGGCGUGAUUAAAGGUGGGCCGGACGAGGCGGUGCGGCGGCACACGGCGCGAGGGAAACUGCUGGUCCGGGACCGGAUCGACAGGCUGGUGGACCCAGGCAGCGAUGUCCUGGAGCUGAGCACCCUCGCCGCUUCAGACAUGUAUGGGGGGCAGGUGCCCAGCGCCGGCAUCGUCACCGCCAUCGGCCGAGUCCAGGGCCGCGACUGCAUGAUCGUCGCCAACGACUCGACCGUCAAAGGCGGGACUUACUUCCCAAUCACCGUUAAAAAGCAUCUCCGGGCACAAGCGAUCGCUCAAGAAUGUCGACUACCCUGCAUUUAUCUCGUCGACUCCGGAGGUGCGCAUUUACCGGACCAAGCGGACGUGUUUCCUGAUCGAGAACACUUCGGACGCAUCUUCUACAACCAAGCGAAUAUGUCAGCGGAAGGAAUACCCCAGAUCUCAGUGGUGAUGGGCUCGUGUACCGCGGGCGGUGCGUACAUACCGAGCAUGUCCGAUGAAAGUAUAAUUAUUAAGAAUCAAGGCACAAUCUUUUUGGCCGGUCCACCAUUAGUAAAGGCAGCGACUGGCGAAGUAGUGUCUGCGGAGGACCUAGGUGGAGCCGAUCUUCAUUGUCGCCAAUCAGGAGUGACGGAUCACUAUGCUCAGGACGACGAGCAUGCACUGCAUUUAGCUAGGAACGUGGUGGCCAAUUUGAAUUGGAAUACGGAGAAAAGCGCGAAAGUCUACUCCGCGACAGUGGAUGAACCAAAGCACGAUAUAAAUGACCUGCACGGAAUAGUCAGUGCCAACAUCAGGACGCCGUAUGACAUCCGUGAGGUGAUAGCGAGGAUCGUCGACGGAAGCAGGUUCCAUGAGUUCAAGCAACUUUACGGUGACACCUUAGUUUGUGGUUUUGCGUCUAUGUACGGCCAUCCAGUGGGUGUGAUCGGUAACAACGGUGUUCUAGUAUCAGAGGCUGCUUUAAAAGGAUCUCAUUUUAUUCAGCUGUGUGCAGCUCGAAAGAUUCCGUUGCUGUUCCUUCAAAACAUCACCGGAUUCAUGACUGGCAGGGACGCUGAAGCCGGCGGAAUCGCCAAAAACGGUGCUAAAAUGGUGACGGCCGUUAGCUGCUUUAAGGGUCCUAAGAUUACCGUUAUCGUUGGCGGUAGUUUCGGUGCUGGUAACUAUGGCAUGUGUGGCAGAGCAUACUCCCCCAGUUUCCUUUACAUGUGGCCAAACGCCAGGAUUUCUGUGAUGGGAGGUCCUCAGGCAGGCACAGUACUGUCAAUAAUCGCCGAGGAGAAAGCCAAGCGUGAAGGCAAGCCUUGGACAGCAGAAGACGACAAGAAAAUCAGAGCACCGUUAGAAGCAAAGUUUGAGAAGGAAGGUAGCCCUUACUAUAGCACGGCUCGACUUUGGGACGAUGGUAUAGUGGCUCCCAAAGAUACAAGAAAAGUAAUAGGACUCAGUCUUUCUGCAGCACUGAAUGCCCCAUUCAGAGACAGUAAGUUCGGAAUAUUUAGAAUGUGAUUGCGUAAUACGAAAUACCAAAGUAACACCAAAAGAAUCAUUAGUUAUGUAACGAGGACAAGAAUAUAUUUGUUUACAAUGUGUACAGUGAUAGUGUAUCUCAAGUUUACAAUUGAGCUACUUAUCAGUAUAAAUAAAAAGAUGAGGCCAAAGUAUUACAGAUAAGAUUUCGUCAUUAUUAUCGUUAGAAGAGUGUUUCAUCAUUAAUUUAUGUUAAAUGAAUCUUGUUAGUAUUAAUUUUGCAUUUUAAGAGUUCCAGAAACCUCUGUGUAAUAUAAAUAACUUGUUGUAUAAAACUGUGACCUUGAAUUUAAAGAUAGUUGAUGUCAAAGACCAAUUAAAUAUUUGUUAUUGUUGUU